AAUAUCGCAGCACAGUGAGAUCGAAAUUGCGAAGGGGCUAAAACCCUAAUUACCUCAUUCAUUCGUUUCCAUGGCGUCGCAAUCUCGAAGAGGUGGAGUCUCGCUCCCAGACAGGCCAAGGAACGACGGCGGCUCCAUCAUCACCAAGAUCUCACGCUCCCCCAUCAUCUACCGAAGCAAGCAAGCCGCCGGCGACGCCGCAUUCGUUGCCAAGAAGCUCCUCCGAAGCACCGGCAAGGCCGCGUGGAUUGCCGGCACCACCUUCCUCGUUCUCGUUGUCCCUCUCAUCAUCGAGAUGGAUCGAGAGCAACAGCUCAACGACCUCGAGCUUCAGCAGGCCAGCCUCCUCGGUACCCCCUCCACCAAGUGAAUUAACCCUAGGUUUUCUCAGAUCUAUGUUCUUCUGAUUCUAGAGUUUCAAUAAUUUUACGUUUGUACCUUUUCAGAAACCUCACUGGGAGAAGUUUUGUGUAUUCUUAAGCUUA